AUGGAUGCAAAGCCAAGACUAGUUGCUAACGUCAUAGAGACGAAGGCAAAGACAAUUCCCGACGCCCCUUGGCUUCUGUAUGCGAACUCAUCUUCAUGGGAGCAGGAGGGAGGCUACAAGACUAUCACAUGGAAGCAAUGUGCCAAUGCAAUAAAUAAGAUGGCCCAUUUCCUGGACGAAAAUAUUCCUAGGCAAAGCAAAGGUCGACAAACAAUCACUUACCAGGGCCCAAAUGAUGCAAGAUACUACAUCAUGAUGGUAGCGGCGGCUAAAUCAAAGAGGACUCCUGAGGAUUCCAUCCUGGAAGAUAUUCUGGAAAUGCCCAACGAUGGUGAUAUCCAGUAUGCCUACGAUGAAUCUUGGGAACAAGCAAAGAAUGAGAUAGUCUGCAUUAUCCAUACCUCCGGCACAACUGGCACUCCGAAGCCCAUUUACCUUAGCAAUGGAUUCAUGUCUGUUUUUGACUGGAGUCUAUUAUACGAAAGACACUUAUCUCCCAAAGUUACCUAUCACCAUUAUGAGAACUCAUUGACACUGACGACCUGCGCUCCUCAAUGGCUGGGUGGUUUUGCGUUCACUCUGAAUGCGGCAGCCUUUGUUGGUAUGAUUACCGUGCUUUUACCACCUGACAUGAAAUCCCCUCUGGAUCGAGAGUUGGUUAUUAAAAUUUGCCGGCAUACGGGGGCUAAGAGUAUUGUGACACCCCCAUCUCUCAUUGAAGACUUUCAUAAUGAUAAGUCUGCCUUCGAAUUUCUGAAGAGCCUUGAUUACGUUUGCUGGCUAGGAGCAGGGCUAGAUAGUGCCAUUGGUGACCAACUAGCACGGCAUACCAACCUAUUUCCGGUGAUUGGAUCUACCGAGCGUGGACCUCAGCCGUCUUUUGAAGCGCGCGAUGCGAAAAUGUGGAAUAGCUUUGAAUUUAUUCCCGAGUCCGGCCCCAGGUUUGAGAAAAUUUCCGAUGACAUUUAUGAGCUACAGGUCGACCGGAUGCCAGAGCAUGACUUCUUUCAAGGAGGGUUUUAUGUCUUUCCUGACCUCGAUACCAUUCCAUCAUCGGAGAUCUAUUCACCAGUUGUUGACUGUUACGGUUCCACCAGGUGGACUUUCCGUGGACGCACGGGCGAUUUGGUAAAGCUAUCCUGGCUUGCCAAAUUUCAUGCUACACAUAUCGAGAGCGCCAUAAAUAUGCACAGCCAAGUCAACGCGGUGGUCAUGGGUGGGGAGGGACGUGAUGUGCCCUACAUCAUUGUGGAACCUAAAGAUCACAACGAAAUUCAAGACCAUGAAAAAUUUAUCGAUGAGAUAUAUGACGCGAUGAUAAUAUCUCUCAAUGAAAAAGGUCACCAAGAGAUACAGAUACCGCGAGAAACAGUCAUGUUGUCUGAUCCGUCAUUGCCAUUCCAGCGAACAUUGAAAAUGACCAUUAUCAGACAAAAGGUGGAAGAUUCUUACAAGCAGCACAUUGAUGCGGUGUACCAGCUAUGGCAAAGCAAGAAAGAAAAAUAG